CUGGAUAAUUCUGCCUGGAUCUUCAUGCAGCCAGGCGGCCUGAGAUCCACCAGAUUCAUCACUGACAUGGAGGAAAAGUCAUGACCUGAAAAUUUCCUGGUUCAAGCCCUCCAAACCCCCCACCGUGUGACUUGAGGGCAGUUUCUCUCUCUCAAGGCUCGGGCUCUUCGCCUGUCUCAUGGGAUAAGGAUUGCAGCCUUGGCUACCAGACUGCAGAGUGGGGAAGCUGGUGGGAGAAAGUCCCUCCUGCCCCUUCCUCUGCAAGGGAGGCCGCCUGGCAGGGGACAGCCCACAGGGAGGGUGCGGCCAGGCGUGGCCUCCGGUCACCCCUCCUCCGGGCCGCCCUGGUGACAAGGCAGCGAACCUGCACUAGAACUGGGAACUAGAGACAUGAACAAGAUCUUCCCCCAGGGGGAAGGCAAUGCUGCUGCUGGACCCAAAGCCCUCUCUGGAGGGGAAGACUGCAGCCCUCCCUGCUGCUCGCGCCAAGGGGCCUGCCUCUCCGCCUUCCUGCUGCUCCUGCUGGCAACUCUUGGAGCCCUGAUUGCCCUGGUCGCCAUCCUUGGACCCCCACCUCGCACGCCAGGAGCCCAGGCCUGUGUGACGCCGCUGAACAGGACAGGCUUCCUGUGCCACGACCGGAGAAGCUGCAUCCCGGCCAGCAGGGUCUGCGACGGUGUCCCUACCUGUGCCCACGGCGAGGACGAGGAGGAGGCCUUGUGCCGAGACGUGCCCCAGAGCCUCCCCAGCUUCCUGGUGGCACACUGUGGUGACCCCGCUUUCUGGAUCUACUCAGACCAGAAGUGUGAUGGGCUCAACAACUGCGGGGACUGCUCGGAUGAACUGAGCCCAGUGACGACGUGCCCACCCUGUGGCCCUGAGUGGUGGCGCUGCCCCUCGACCGUCUUCAAAUAUUGCAGCUGCAUCCCCAGGAGCCUCUGCCAGGACCACGUGCAGCACUGCUCCGACUGGUCAGACGAGUACUCCUGCCCUGGACCUUGAGUGGGUCGCCGAGGCCAGAGUGGGCGGCUGGUUAGCAUGGCACUGAUGACCCCCCCACACACACAAGAGCUAGGAAUCCGGGCGCACAGGGGCGUGAAGGAGCCUGUGGGAUCAUCUAGUGGGAUCUACACACCGUUGCCUCUGAAUAGGAAUUGCCUCUCGUGCUUUCGAGGGUUUCAGCCUCUGUUUGAACCCUUUCAGCGACAGGGAGCUCACUACCAUUUCAAGUAGCUCCUAGCAAUGAUGAGAGAACCUGCUUCCAUGAUUUGAAGCUUGUCUCUGGGUCACAUGGAGGAAAUAUGCCCCUCUACUCUGAGACAGGCUCUCAGAUACUGACCUUGUCGCCCCUUGGUUAAGUCUUGGGCUCAAACACCAAGCUGAAAGUUUAUCCCUUUGUAGAUGGCACAGUUAUGAAGUAUAUACCACUUCCCGCCCCUUUGGUACCUGAGGCAGAUACCGCUGAGCUUGGCUGCAGCUUUCGUGUCUUUCUCACUCAGUAAUCCUGGUGGGCUCACUGAUGGAUCAGAGGAGAUGCACGUGAGAUGGGGUACUUGUCAUCCCGCCACUAGGAAGCCACCCCAGGAGGCUCUGAGCUGUAAGAAGAGCUUGAGGAGCCCCUCCCUACCCCUUGACUAUCCCUCCUCCCGCCUCCCACUCCCACCCUCAUGCUGUGACCAGUUGCCCCAAACAAACAGCCCAGGGUCCUUCAGUUAGGGAUCGUAUUUUGGUCCUGGAGCCUGAGUCAAAGAGCUGUUUCUUGACAUACCUUUUCUAGUUUCACAACAGCAGGCAGGCAAGGAUGGAUAGCCCCAUUAAACAGAUGAAGAGACUGUGGCCCAGACAGAGAAACGACCAGGAUCACACAGAAAAGUCAAGGCUGGAACUGGGACUCAAACACAGUCCAUGGUGUCCCAGUUCCAAAGUCUUUCCUGCUACCAAUGUGAUUCUAUCUUGGCCAGGGUGGAGGCAGUGUCUGUGGCUUAUUUAAAAGGUAGUUUGAGAAGCAGAGUGUGGCGUCUUUACUCUGAAAGAUGCACUGGGAAUCUGGCCAAUGGGAGGAACGAGGGAGGCAGACGAAGCCCCGCUGGAAAUUAAUAAAAUCAGUUCUAUGUA